CAGAAUGAUCUGUCUGACUAGAUUUCCAACAAUGGUAAAGAUUCCUUUAUUAAAGCUUUUAAAUAGAGGGUUUCUUCUGAAAACAUGGGAAAGCAUAAACCCAUCUCCCAAUGAAAAAGCAAACAAUAUAUGCCUUACUGCUUGAGAAAGAAACACUGGCAUGAAUUUUCAUUUCAAAGGAAGGAACAUAUCCCUAUUUUUACAUGGCCUUGUUAAAAUCAUCCCACGCUUCCUCUUCCAAACAUUCUCCAACAUCAUUUCAUUGUGAAGAUGAACAACUCAACAACCCAAGACUUAAUUCCCCAUCCUGAACAUAGCGAAAGUGAAUUCUCUGACAUUGAUGACCAUGAGAUUGAUGAAUCUUACUACUUCUACAUCAUCAAUGCAAUACUCAGUGGCACAGCCAGGCUCAAUGUUCUGUUACCCACAGCCACUAUUCUUGCUUUCAGCAUCCUCACUCCAAUCCUGACCGAGGACGGCGAAUGCAGCACCCUGCACCGGUGGCUCGUGGGCAUGUUUCUGGUCAUAUUAGCAGUGUCAUGUGUGUUCUUCACCUUCACUGAUAGCUUCAGAACAGCCAGCGGAAGGAUGUGUUAUGGGGUGGCAACAUUGAGAGGGAUAUGGACUUUUAAUGGAGGAAGGAAGAAGCCAUGUGAGCCGUCAGAUUAUAGACUGAGAUGGAGUGAUCUCUUCCAUGCUUCACUUUCCUUGGUUUCUUUUCUUGCUUUUGCAGGUUUGCAUCAUGAUGUUGUGAAGUGCUAUUACCCACGAAUUCCCAGAAAGGUGAUCAAUACAAUUCCUCUUGUGGUUGGUUUUGUCGUGAGUGUAUUAUUUGUGGCGUUUCCAUCUAAGAGGAGAGGCAUUGGUUAUCCUUUCUUGUUGCAGAGAGAUCCACUGUAUUCUAGACGUUAAAACUUGUUUCAAUCUUUCUGUUUCUUCAUGAAGUUAUUUGGGAUUCAAAUAUUAUAAUGGUUUUCUUUUGUAUGGAGCAACCUAAAGAAGCUCUAUUGGAAGAAUGUUGAGUAAGAUAUAUAUUGGUGACCUGCAUAAAUAGAAUCCAGCAAUAAACUUGACCAAAAGCCAAAUAUUGUACAGCGAGAAAAGGCUGAAAAUUUAGGGCAUUAACACUCUUUCUCUCUUGAAAAUGGCUUCUUUACAAGCUCCAUAUACAAAUUACAUGGAUGCGGAACUUUUUGAGUGCAAUUUUCUCUACAUAUAAGACUUGAAUUCGAGAUCUUGUUUAAAAGGAAGAAGUAUUCGCUAAGAACCUUUAAUUCAAAUGGCACCCAUCUUUAUAAUCUUAUCCCUUGAUGCAAGAUGUUCUAGGACCAAACUCUCAUAUGAUUGUGGGGAAAAAAAUAUUUGUGCGUGUGGG